AUGUGUAUCAUGACCACCAAAUGCAUGUCCGAAGGUGUCGUUUUGGCGUGUUUGAUGUCGAAUAUCUUGACCAAUAGUGACACUAGUUGCAUGAAACUGCUACAGUAUAUGGAUAUUGCAUUGUUGCAUGAAACUGCUACAGUAUAUGGAUAUUGCAUUGUCGAUGUUUGGCGUGUUAAUAACUCGGUCCACAGUGGUCGUACAAUGUCAGGGACAACUGCAAUCAACUCGGGACGACAAACUACAUCAUGUAUUGUGUGUAUAGUUACGUCGUCGUUGGUGCAAUAUUCAAUGUGUAUCAUGACCACCAAAUGCAUGUCCGAAGGUGUCGUUUUGACGUGUUUGAUGUCGUAUAUCUUGACCAAUACUGACACUAGUUGCAUGAAACUGCUACAGUAUAUGGAUAUUGCAUUGUUACGUCGUCAUUGGGGCAGUAUAUCAAUGUGUAUCAUGACCAUCAAGUGCAUGUCCGAAGGUGUCGUUUUGACGUGUUUGAUGUCGAAUAUCUUGACCAAUAGUGACACUAGUUGCAUGAAACUGCUACAGUAUAUAGAUAUUGCAUUGUUACGUCGUCAUUGGGGCAAUAUAUCAAUGUGUAUCAUGACCACUAAAUGCAUGUCCGAAGGUGUCGUUUUGGCGUGUUUGAUGUCGAAUAUCUUGACCAAUACUGACACUAGUUGCAUGAAACUGCUACAGUAUAUAGAUAUUGCAUUGUUACGUCGUCAUUGGGGCAAUAUAUCAAUGUGUAUCAUGACCACUAAAUGCAUGUCCGAAGGUGUCGUUUUGGCGUGUUUGAUGUCGAAUAUCUUGACCAAUACUGACACUAGUUGCAUGAAACUGCUACAGUAUAUGGAUAUUGCAUUGUUUAAAUAUGGCUGGGAAAUAACUGCUAUUGAUCAAGUUAUAUGCGUUCAAAGUGGAUCAUUUGCAUCAUCACAAUCGCGUACUAAAUGGUCGAUUUCACAACCAAUACUCAAGCCUGUGUUGAUAUGGUGA